GAACUAGGAAAUGAACCGGCCGGAGAACUGACCCCGCUGCGGUGCGGCCCAUGGAUUUGUGCCUGCUCCAUCUGCAUCUGCUGCAUGCCGCCAACUCUCAUAGACUGGUCAUUGCAGUGCAGCUGCGUCUGCCCUGAAGCUUCCAACCCGGCGACGUUGGGGAACGGCGGCCACGACGGAGUCCAGAUGGCCAAGCAGGAGGGCGGCCGCAGCGCCGAAAACGUCGAAACUCCUGCCACGGGAAGACGCCGCCACGGCGGCAGCGGCUUGUUCGGGCUGAGCAGCGACGAGAGCGGGACGCUGCUGGUGGUGGCCACGCUCAUCACCACGCUCUCGUACCAGAUCGGCAGCAACGUCCCCGGCGGGUACUGGCAGGACGAUGCCCCGGGGCACCACCUCGCCGGCGAGCCCAUCAUGCGGACGCAGCGGCUCUGGCUUUACAGGGUCUUCGUCUGGUCGAACUGGUUCGGCUUCGCCGCCUCCAUGGGGCUCACCCUCUCGCUCCUCACCGGCGUGCCGCCGCGGUGCCGCUUCGUGCGGGGACUCUUCGUCCUCUCCUACUCCAGCCUCGUCCUCAGCUUCACCACCCAGCAGGGGCGGUCCAAUUCCCAUAUUUGGAUCAGCGUCCUCGUCUGGACCGGUGCCGUCGCCCUCAUUGCAUCCGUCAUCAACUACCGCACCCACCGCCACUUGCGCAGGCUCAUCGACUGGCUAGUUGCGGAGCCCGUCGCCCAAACAUCUUAAUUUUUGUUGUUAACAUUGUUUACAACCCUUUCUCCUUCCAAGUGAACAAAAUUGUGUUAAACUAGUUGAGUACGUCAGUAUCUGUAUAAUUUUAGCAGUGGUAGUUCGUUAUGAAUUUCACUCUAGUUUUGAUGUUGUUGCCAUAAGCUAAUGUAGACCUGAUAUUCAAAAGGAUUGCAAACCGAUUGUCA